AUGGCUCUGCUCGUUGUGGUCGCCGCUGUCGUCACAUCUCGCCGUCACCGGCGCAAGAACCCUGAUCUCUACGGCCGAGCACCACUGCAGGACGAUUCACCAUCUCCGGCGACAGGAAUCCUCCAGCUUCCUAGUUCCUACUGCCCCGCCGCUCGCCGAGUUGACAUACCAGCUCGCCGCGACCGCUACCCACCAUGGCAUGGACCGACUCUGGCUCGGCUCCGUCAGACGACCACCCGUACCUGUCGCCCUCGCCUCCGUCACGCCGUCAUCACUUUUUUUUUUCCGGCGGGUUGUCUCCUCCGGUGGUCGAUGACGGGAUUACAACUCCUGAGCAUGUCCUUCGUCGCCGGGGCUGUUUAUACGCCGCCGUCACCGUCGAAUUUCGGACGUCGGAAAGUGAGUGUGAGUGGUGCCGAUGAGCCUCGCGGGACAGUUUUUGAAGAUUUAUCAGAUAUUUUAGUUUCGUACGAGAAAGUAUCUCGUUCUUCCCUUUCGUCUACCACGCUCUGUCGGACGCCAACCCCUUCGGCGGUCGACGGGAGCAUCGAGAAGACGACCAUGGCGAGCAACGUUCGGUGUACUGACGGCACAGGGCCUGACGCUCCUGUAUGCCAUGUCCGGAAUAAGGAAAUAUUAUUGUUGCGAACGUAUACAGUGGACGAGUUAUUGGCAUUUAUAUUUCCACCAUCAAUUCAGUGGCUCGACAAUCUGAUGCAGCUGGCUUUCUUCCUUCAUUCUGCGGGUAUCAACUUAAAGCCACUACUGGAGAGACCAUGUUCUAGUGGGACGGAAGCAUCGGGUUCCUCGGCAGUCGAAACUGUUAUCUGUCAUGAAGAUGAAGCUCUUUUCGGUGAUCUUUUUUCCGAGGCCAAUCGUUUUGUUGUAUCUGCGGAUGGAUGCGAACAAUGUAAUGCUGCCGCUAGCUCUAGUUCAAGCUUCAGGAAUAGGCCAUUGGAAGCAGCAACUGAAGUACUCAAUUUCCUGGGAACAUGUGUUUUCUCUCCUCAAUGGCCUUCAUUGGUGUGUCACAAUGCGUGCCAGGAGCUUAGUGGGAACCAUUUUGACAUUUUCCUUUCAUUUUAUUUUCUUAGUCUAAAUCUGCAUGACGAAAAGAAGUUGCCAGGAAUCCUAACAAACCUCCCGAUCGACAAAAAAACGAGCCCUUCUUUUCUCGACCAACCAUCUCACGACCACCCAACCCCAAUCAUCAACAAACGGUGGAUGGACUACCAAGGUUCCACAGAUUGGGAAGGCAUGCUCGACCCCCUCGACGACAACUUACAAUCCGAGAUCAUACGUUACGGCCAUUUUGUCAAGGCCGCCUAUAGGUCCUGCGAUUUCGACCCCUCCUCCCCCUCAUACGCCACAUGUCGUUUUCCCAAGUGGAAGCUUCUCGACGGGUCGGGUUUUCCCCACACGGGCUACCGGGUCACCAAGAACUUGGUUGCCACGUCGGGUACAGAGCUUCCAGACUGGGCCGAACGAGGCCCAGUCUGGACGGUUCGCAAAUCCGCUUGGAUUGGGUACGUGGCCGUGUGUCACGACCCGAGGGAAAUCUCGAGGCUCGGCAGACGGGACGUGGUCGUGGCUUUUCGAGACACGGCCACGGGUCUCGAGUGGGUCGAAAAUCUCCAAUCAACCCUAUCAUCUCUAGAUUUCAACCCCCAAAUCCAAUCGGGAUUACUACCCGAGGCCACGGUGGAGAGCGGGUUCUUGAGUUUGUACACGUCGAGAUCGGAAAAAAAUCGGCCGAGUUUGCAAGAACUCGUGAGGCAAGAAAUAUCUCGAGUCCUCCGAGUCUACGGUGAGGAGCAGUUGAGCUUCACGAUCACGGGACACUCGCUAGGGGCGGCCCUCGCCACGCUGGUGGCCUACGACAUCAAGGAGACGUUUGGAAAGUCGCGGAUGGUGACCGUGAUAUCGUUUGCGGGGCCACGUGUAGGGAACCGGAGCUUCCGGUGCCAGCUGGACAGACAAGGGACAAAAAUCCUACGGAUUGUGAACAAUGAUGACGUGGUGACGAAGGUGCUGGGAUUUGUGGUCGGGAAUGAGGAGACGAGCGGCGAGGGGUGGGUUCAGAAGCUGGUGGAGGACACGCAGUGGGUGUAUGCUGACGUGGGAUGCGAGCUGAGGCUCAGCAGCCGGGACUCACCGUACCUCAACGGUAGGGAUUUGGCCACGUGUCACGAUCUCAAGACGUAUCUGCAUCUGGUGGACGGGUUUGUGGGAUCCAACUGCCCUUUCAGGGCCACGACGAAGAAAAUGAUGAUGAGCGUAUCAAGUAAUUAA